CAUGCGCGCCUGGGUAUACACCCAAUCCGGCCUGCCCUCGCAGACCCUCACGCAAACCACCGUCUCCGCUCCGACCGCAUCCGACCUCGGCCCGCACGAUGUCCUGGUGGAAGUGCACUACGUCUCGCUGAACGCCAUUUGCACGGCGAUGAUGCGCGCCCUCCCCCCGCAGCCUUUUUCGCUCGGCUUGCCCUUCCGCUCGCGCUCCGCGAUCCCGGAAUUCGAGUUCGCCGGACGCAUCCUGGCCACCGGCUCGCAGGUGCCCGCCGCCCGCCCUGAGCUGAGCCCGGACACACAAAUCCUCGGCUGCGUCUCCGAGCAGCAAGUCUUCGGCUCAGGCAAGGGCGCGCUGGCAGAGCGGCUGGUCGUCCCCGCCUCACAAAUCAUCCCGCUCAUCAGCCCCGAGCUAAAAUCCUCAGACCCCGAAACAGCCCCAGAACCGCCCGUCUCCCUCCUCGAAGGCUCCGGUCUGACAGCCUGCGGCUGCACCGCCAUACAGACCGUGGACGCCACGCGUCUGAUUGCCGGCGACAAGCUGUUCGUGAACGGCGGUAGCACUAGCGUCGGCAUGCUGACGCUGCAGGUCGCGCGCCACGUCCUCGGGCCCACCGGCACGAUCGUCGCCUCGUGCUCCGCCGCCAACGCGCCGCUGCUGCGCUCUCUUGGUGCCGACGAGGUCGUCGACUAUACCGCCCACGACCCCCUGCACGCGUACCUGCGCGCCCACCACGCGGCCCGCCCGUUCGACGCGAUCGUCGACUGCGUUGGAGAUCCCGAGAUCUAUGCCCACUGCGUGCCGUAUCUGGCUGAGGGCAAGCCGUUCAUUAAUCUCGGGCAGAUGAAGGCUACUCCUGGGUUCUGGGGGCAGAUCGCCUGGGCGUGGACGCAGUUCGCCACGCGGUAUUGGCCUGUUGUGCUUGGGGGUGUGCCGCGCGCGUACCAGUUCUAUGGUGGGAAGCCCACGGUCGAGAGUAUGCAGCGGAUCAUGCGGUUGGUCGAGAAGGGGGUCGUCAGGGUGGUGGUGGAUUCGGUGUGGAGGAUGGGCGAGGUCAGGAAGGCGUAUGAGAGGAUGGAGAGCAAGAGGGCCAAGGGGAAGAUCGUUGUUAGUGUGCGGGAGUGAGGUAUGAGGGGUGGUGUUGUGUUAUUCUAUUGGGUGCUGCGAAGCACUAGGUUUGACCAGGACGAGAAGAGGAACGAUGAAACGUUGGGUCUGAAGGGGCUUCGAGCAAUGAAUAAUCUCAUAUAAGCUGCGAAUCAGGGCGGCAACGAAUGAGGCCAACGGGGCAAAAGAGGCUAUAAUGUGGAGUGCGCUGCCUCCAUCCCGCCACAGUAUGAGCCUCGGCCCCUCGGCCAGUCAUGCCAGCAAAGAGUGAUCUGGGUGGUUAGAAUCUCCUUGAUUGUUCUGAGUGACAGCGAGAGGUUGAAAGUCACUCGCUGCUGUUCUAUGCAUUUCUAUAGGCUAGGAAAGAGCUGCGGGUACAGAUGUCAGGGAAACAAGUAUCUUCUGACAUGUUUGCUCUGGCU